AAAGCGCAUCCACCCCAGGACCCCUCAAACGCUAACAAACGCGUUUCAGCGAGACCCUGACUUUAAGCGCUCAGCCACACCCGGCCGGCCCAUACGCGCCCAGGGGUAUUUUUAGAUUGCUAUGUCAUGAUCUACGACCCGCGUUUGGGCACAGCGUCCAAUUCCGCUUACUCCACUUCUUUACUUCAACGCUCACUCUCUCUCUUGCGCCGUUUACACUCUCUCCUUUCGUUGUUGUUUUCGUUACUUCGUGUUUGCUGCGUUGAGAUACCCAGGACCUGUUUGAUCAGGAACCGUUUCGCGACCAUAUACGGUGGAAAAGACAUCGUUGAGCAUUCUGAGAGCUUUAGAAUACGGAGCACACCUUCAGCUUCAAUCUCACCCUACACUACUAGACCUUCAGACCACAAUCACCAAGAUGGUGCACUCUGCAAACUGCAGCACCGUCCCUCCCUCCGUCCCCUCCGACGCGGGCGUCGCAGGAGCAGGUGUCCUCCUUUCCUUCAUAAUAACAAACUUCCUCGCCCUCUCCCUAAGCGCCUACCUCAUCCUGCGCAACCUCCGCUCCCCCCUUCUCUCCCCCAUCCCGCGCAAACUCCUCCUCUCCUUUUCCGACCAACAGCUCCUCACAGGCCUCGGCAUCCAGUCCGUCGGCCUCGCGAAAAUGAAUACCAUGGUUCCCUACCAUUUCUUCAUAAUCUGGAUGCUGUCGCUGCUCGCAACAGCCACCCACCUCGCGACACUCCUCGCGCUGGUUCAAGACUUCAAGCGCGACUGGGUGUUGAGGUGGUUGAGGCAGCUGCUCAUGCUCGUAAGCAUGAGCCUCAGCGUCGUGAUGGGUGUGUUCGUGCUGAAAAGCGUCCUUCACAACCUCCCCCCCACGCUGCCAAUCGCCUGUGUGUGGGACGUCCCCGCGUCAAAAGGGUCGACCAGCAACGCGGGGCUCAGCAUCGCGGGGACGAUCGCCGUCAUGGCAGCUUCGGCGAUCCUCUUCAUCAUAUCAACAUGGUACCUGCACAACCGCAACAACCAGAAGUGGCUCAAGAGCAUCCAGGUGGUUGGCUUGAUACUGCUGGCCGUGAUGGGGGUGGGCGCGGCGGUGCGCGUGGUGCUGCUGAGCCAGGCGUUUGGGACGCCGAAUCUGAGGCUGAGCGAUGAGGGGGAGAAGGUGUGGAGCUUUGGGCAGCUGCUGCCGUUGUUGCUGCUGCUGCUGCCGGUGGUGAGUAGUAUUGAGCUCUGGCGGGGGGAGAUUCGGGUUGGGAGGGAAGCGGAGGAGGAGGAGGAUCGGAUUCCCUUAACUGGGAAAAUUGGGAGCGAGGAAUUCAAGCCGAAGGACUUCCAGCCGUUGCCGUUAUUUGGGGGGUAUGGGAAGUAGUUAGGGGGUAGAGUGAUGAUGGUGAUGAAUGCAUACGAUAAUAUUCAACGGUUUUACCC